AGAAGAUGGCGUCCGCAAAGCCUGUGGACCGCUGUGGUUUCUUACUACCCGUUUAAUUUCUGAGCUGAGUGGGGGAUCUCUUCGUCUGGCAGAUGGAGGAUAACAUGGCAGUGAACCGCUGCCAACCGCUCUCCUGAACCCGGAAUUGACCCCGCAACUUCAUGUCCGACGGAGCCGGAGCUGCCUGGUCGAAGAGGGGCUGUGGGGAUUCGCACCGCCGAGGUGAGACGGCUGGUUUUAGCCGCUAAGCUAAGCUGUUACCCCGGCAGAGCAGUGUUGGGUCCCCCGUAGCUCCAGCCGCUGAGAAUCGUGACAGUUAAUUUGGCUAGCAGAACCAGGGAAACAUAAACACAGGAAAUGUGAGCGACCCCUUAACGCUCAGCCCACAAAGCCUGUGAUUGUUCCCCCGGGCUCCAAAAGUUUGCAGACGUUCACGCUGUAAUGUGGCGGGUGUGUUGGCUUUGUCGUCCAGGUGAUUGGCGCUCAGAAAAGGGACUUUGUUAGCAUCUCCUGGACACAAGGGGCACUGUCCUCUGAUUGGCUCGGACAGCCCCCUCUGACAUGCCCGUGGCCAAUCAGAGGUGUGUUAUGUCGGGGGCAGAUGUGGAGGUGUACCUGUCCCAGGUGCAUGAUGGGAGUGUGUCGUCGGGCUUCAGGGCGCUGUACGAGGAGCGCCUGCUGCUGGACGUCACACUGCUGAUAGAGGAGCACCACUUCCAGGCCCACAAGGCGCUUCUGGCCACGCAGAGCGACUAUUUCCGGGUCAUGUUCACGGCGGACAUGAGGGAGAGGGACCAGGACAAGAUCCACAUGAAGGGGCUGACGGCCGCUGGCUUCGGACACAUUCUCCGCUUCAUGUACUAUGGCUCUCUGGAGCUCAGCAUGCCCACUGUGCAAGAGAUCCUGCAGGCGGCCAUGUACGUGCAGCUGACGGAGGCGGUGGAGUUCUGCUGCUCCUUCCUGCUGGCUAAGAUCUGUCUGGAAAACUGUGCCGAGGUCAUGCGCCUCCUGGAGGACUUCAGCGUGGGUGUGGAGGGCGUCCAGGAGCAGCUUGACAACUUCCUGCUUGAAAACUUCGUCCCCCUCAUGAGCCGACCAGACUUCCUGUCCUACCUCAGCCUCGAGAGACUGCAGUCGUACUUGAACAGCGACGCCCUAAGUCGCUUCCCGGAGAUCGAGCUGUAUGAAGCCGUGCAGUCGUGGCUGCGGCAUGACCGGCGGCGCUGGAGACACACAGACACCAUCGUGCAGUCCAUCCGCUUCUGCCUCAUGACGCCAGCAAACAUCUUCGAGAAGGUAAAGACGUCAGAGUUUUACCGUUACUCCCGGCAGCUGCGGCAGGAAGUGGACCUGGCGCUCAGCUACUUCCACGAUGUCAACCAGCAGCCUUUGGUGGAGACUCGCUCCAACCGCAUCCGCUCGGUGCGGCCGCAGACCGCCGUGUUCAGAGGGAUGAUCGGACACAGCAUGGUCAACAGCAAGAUCCUGCUGCUGCAGAGACCAAAGGUGUGGUGGGAGCUGGAGGGCCCUCAGGUGCCGCUGCGACCCGACUGCCUGGCCAUCGUAAACAACUUUGCCUUCCUGCUGGGCGGGGAGGAGCUGGGGCCCGACGGAGAGUUCCAUGCCUCCUCCAAAGUCUACCGCUACGACCCCCGACAGAACUCCUGGCUGCGCAUGGCCGACAUGUCCGUGCCCAGGUCGGAGUUUGCCGUGGGCGUCAUCGGUAAGUUCAUUUAUGCAGUAGCGGGCCGCACGCGAGACGAGACGUUUUACUCCACCGAGCGCUACGACAUCACAGAGGACCGCUGGGAGUUCGUGGACCCGUACCCCGUCAACAAGUACGGCCACGAGGGGACGGUGCUCAGCGGGAAACUCUACAUCACCGGCGGCAUCACAUCCUCCUCCACCUCCAAACAAGUGUGUGUGUUCGACCCAGGGCGGGAGGCAGCUGGAGGAGGAGGAGGAGGAGGAGGAGGGGGAGGAGCAGGAGCAGGAGCAGGAGCAGGGGCAGGGGCAGGGGCAGGGGGAGGCAGCUCGGGGGGAUCGGAUGCUCACAGGACACGCACCAGCCGCGGCCCAGCGCUGCCCGGCAGCCAUGCCAGCUGCUGGGAGAACAAAUCCAAAAUGAACUACGCCCGCUGCUUCCACAAGAUGAUCUCCCACAACGGGAAGCUGUACGUGUUCGGAGGCGUGUGCGUGAUCCUGCGCGCAUCCUUCGAGUCUCAGGGCUGCCCGUCCACCGAGGUGUACGACCCCGACACCGACGAGUGGACCAUCCUCGGCUCCAUGCCCAUCGGGCGCAGUGGGCACGGGGUGGCGGUGCUGGACCGGCAGAUCAUGGUGCUCGGAGGCCUCUGUUACAACGGCCACUACAGUGACUCCAUCCUCACAUUCGACCCCGACGAGAACAAGUGGAAGGAGGACGAGUAUCCCAGGAUGCCUUGCAAACUGGACGGUCUGCAGGUGUGCAGCCUGCACUUCCCAGAGUACGUGUUGGAGCACGUGAGACGCUGCAGCUGAGGUCUGCUCCAACACGCCUCCUUUUUAUAGAAACGGGAAUGAAGACUGAGGUCAAGUAUGGGCUUUUAAACUUUCCUUAAGGGGAGGAAAAGAUAAAUCUGCUCUUCUUCUUAAUGAAGCCAAUGGAAGCGUGGCGUGGUGAGACGCCACUUGGACAUUUUCAUGAUUCGCUUUCUCAGAAAAUGUAAGGAAAAUAAUGUGUGGGGAGUGAAAAAAAAGUUUUAAUUCUGCUGGUUUAUGUUUCGGACUGUGGUCAGUUGCCUAUUCUACUACUCACAUACUGUAUUUAGGCUGUGCAGUCAGGUUUAAUGCAGAAACGCACUGGAAGCGUCACAUUUAUGCUUUUACAAAGGGACAUUGUAUUUAUUUAUUUCCUCCUCGAAUCCAGUUUGAGUAGGUUUAUUAUCCUGCACCUGUUGAUAUAUUUAAAUUAAUGAAGUUGCUCG